GAACCGAAGGCGGAGAAUGAAGCUGCUGCUAAGGUUCCGAUUUCCUUUCUUAAAUUCACAAGGAACCGAUACAAAGCUACAGCUUUACCACUCAAACAAUGCAUCAAUGUUUUAUGCACCCAUCUUUCCAAAAAAUAUAUUAUGCAGCAUAAUUUGGAGAAAAUGGUUCACCUUCUUGAUUUGCUCGAAUCUUUUGGACAAUUUCUCUCACGAAAUGAUGUGAUCAGUGCAGAACUAGAGCGCCACUUUGAACAUUCAGAAAUAAUCUGUUCUCAAGAUUCCAGUGGAUGUGAAGAUUUAGGGUGUUCCACUUCAGCCACAUUGUGCAUGAUGAGAAGUGAGGUCAUCAAUCUUCUUAGGCAUCUUAGUCAUAAUCUUAACCUACCAAAUGUCUUAAGACGUGAUAUGGUUAGGAAUUUCUGUUUCCAAACCGCAUCCUUCUUUUUCUGCACGGCUUCUGGUUCAUAUAGUCUUCAUGAGGUGGAUAUUGAGCCACUGAACUUGUUGGUCAUUGACGAAGCUACUCAGGUAAAGGAGUGCGAAUUGGCAAUUCCCUUGCAACUUGAAGGCAUACAACAUGCUAUUGUAUUUGGUGAUGAGUGGCAGCUACCAGCAAUGUUACACAGCAAGGUUUCUGAAAAAGCUGGCCUUGGAAGAAGCCUUUACGAAAGAUUGAGAUCAUUGGGUCAUUCAAAGCACCUUCUCGACAUGCAAUACAGAAUGCAUCCUAAAAUAAGCUCUUUUCCAAAUGCCAAAUUUUAUCAAAAUCUGAUUCUGGAUGCUCCUAGUGUUACCUGUAAAGGUUACGAAAGGCACUAUCUUCGAGGGACUAUGUUCGGUCCCUACUCAUUCAUAAGUAUCUGUGAAGGGAGGGAGGAAGUAGGCAGUGUUGGAGAAAGCCGCAAAAAUAUGGUGGAAGUAGCAGUGAUCGUGAAAAUUGUGCAAGACCUAUUUAAAGCUUGGGCUGGCUCAAGACAGAAGCUGACAAUUGGUAUUAUAUCCCCUUAUGCUGCUUAAGUUGCUGCAUUACAGGAGAAGAUUGGACGAAGAUACGAGAAGCUCAAAAAUUUUGCUCUGAGAGUGAUGCUUGUUGAAGGUUUCCAGGGCGGGGAAGAAGACAUCGUAAUCAUCUCUACUGUAAUAUCUGAUAGUGGUGGAUCAAUUGGCUCCCUAUCUAACCCCAAGCAGUGGAAUGUUGCUUUGACUAGGGCCAGGCACUGCCUUUGGAUUAUGGGGAAUGAUAAAACAUUGUCUAAUAGUGGAUCUUGCUGGGAAAUGUUAGUCCGGGAUGCAAAGGACCGAAAUUGCUUUUUUUAUGCUAACGAAGAUAAAGAGCUUGCAAAAGUAUUGUUGGAGGCCAAGAAGGAACUUGGUCAAUUGGAUGAUUUACUUAAUGGAGACAGCGUGCUUUUCAAAAGUGCAAGGUGGAAGGUUCUAUUUAGUGAUAAAUUUAGGAGGUCAUUUGGGAAAUUGAAGUCUCAAACUCAGAAGUGUGUUAUCCAAUUAUUGCUUAGGCUCUCUAGUGGCUGGCGACCAAAAAAUAUCAAGGUAGAUUCCCUUUGUGGAAGCUCCUUGCAACUUGUGAAACAGAUCAAGGUUGGAGAUCUUUAUGUUAUCUCUACAGUCGAUAUUGCCAAAUAUUCAAGCUAUACCCAGGUGUUGAAAAUAUGGGAUAUCUUACCUGUAGAGGAGAUUCCGAAACUACUUACGCAUUUGGAUGGCAUCUUUAGGAUGUACACCAGUGAAUUCAUUGACUACUGCAAGCUGAAAAGGACUGAACAGGAUCUAGAAUUGCCAGUUACCUGGGAGGUUUCUGAUGAUAUUGUUCGUUUUAAGGACAGUAGCUGUAGCGAGUUAACUAGUACCUCUAGUUCUGGGAUGUUUGAUGAAAGAAGUUGCGUUGAAACCUCAAACGUAAAAGAUAGUUUGUUCCUAAUGAAGUUCUACUCCUUGUCAUCCGGUAUGGUGAGUCAUUUGCUUUCUGGAAGUGAUGGCAAAGAACUUGACCUUCCUUUCGAAUUAACUGAUCGAGAAUCGGAAGUAAUUCUCUAUCCUGGAAGUACUUUUAUACUUGGAAGGUCUGGAACGGGGAAGACAACUAUUUUAACCAUGAAAUUGUUUCGAAGGGGGCAGCAACACUAUUUUUCUUUAGAAGGAUUUCCCGAUGCUGAAAAUUGUUCUCCCAUGAAAAACUGGAUGGGAGAGAAAGAAUCUGUGUUACGGCAAAUUUUCUUGACCAUCAGCCCAAUGUUAUGUUCUGCUGUCAAGAACCAGAUUUCUAACUGGAAAAGUUUUAUGCACUCGGGAAAGAAUUCAGCAAUACCCAGUUUAGUUGAUAUGUAUGAUACUGAUCAUUCAAUUGAGUCGAGGGAUACCCCUGAUAAUUUUAUAAAUAUUCCACCCGAAAGCUAUCCAUUAGUCAUCACUUUUCGUAAAUUCUUGAUGAUGCUUGACGGAAGUAUGGAGAAUUCGUACUUUAAUAGAUUCAAUGAAAUAAGGCAACUCUCGCAGGGUCCAAAUGGAGUCUCCAAGACAUUUGCCUUGAAUGCUUUUAUAGGUACGAAGGAGGUGAAUUAUGAGCGGUUCAGUUCAUCCUAUUGGUCUCAUUUCAAUGCCCGUUUUACCAAGAAGCUGGAUUCAUUGACAGUUUUUAUUGAAAUAAUAUCUCAUAUAAAAGGUGGGAUAGUUUCUGGUAGGGUACUUGAUUUUCACCUCAGCAGGGAGGAUUAUGUGUUACUAUCUGAGGGACGAGUGUCCACCGUUAGUAAGGAGCAACGGCAGAUGGUAUAUGAUAUUUUUCUUGAUUAUGAGAAGAAGAAAUUAAUGAAAGAUGAAUUUGAUUUGGCUGAUUUAGUCAUUGACCUUCAUCGCCGACUGAGAAAUGGGAGCUAUCACGGUGAGGACAUGGAUUUCAUUUAUAUAGAUGAAGUCCAGGAUCUGACCAUGAGACAAAUUAGUCUCCUUAAAUAUCUAUGUAAAAAUUCUAUGGAAGGGUUUGCUUUCUCGGGUGAUACUGCUCAAACUAUUGGCAGGGGGAUAGAUUUCAGAUUCCAGGACAUUCGGUCUUUGUUUUAUAACGAAUUCCUUUCAGAAUGUGGAAGUAAUGGCAAGGAUAAACUAAAAGAGAAGGACCAAAUUUCAGAUGUUCUCCAUCUGAAUCAAAACUUGCGUACCCACUCUGGUGUUCUCAAUUUAUCUCAGAGCGUAAUUGAUCUUUUGUAUCACUUUUUCCCGCUCUCUGUUGACAUCCUAAGUCCUGAAACAAGCUUUAUACACGGAGAGGCGCCAGUGUUACUUGAAUCUGCAGGUGAUGAAAAUGCAAUAGUCACAAUUUUUGGCAAUCAAGUAAAUGAGGACAGGAGUAUGACUGGCUUUGGAGCAGAACAGGUUAUCUUAGUUCGUGAUGAAUCUGGGAAGAAGGAAAUAAUUGAAUAUAUUGGAAAGAAAGCACUUGUUUUGACAAUACUUGAGUGCAAGGGCCUUGAGUUUCAGGAUGUCCUAUUAUACAACUACUUUGGAACAACUCCUUUAAAGAAUAAGUGGAGACUUGUGUAUGAGUAUAUGAUGGAAUGCAAGUUACCCAUGUCCAACGAACAGAAGUCAUUUCCAAGUUUUAGUCAGACCAAACACAAAAUGCUCUGCUCUGAACUGAAGCAGCUGUACGUUUCUGUAACUCGUACUAGGCAAAGAUUGUGGAUCUGCGAGAAUGAAGGGGAAUUCUCGAAGCCUAUAUUUGAUUACUGGAAGAAGUUAUGUCUUGUUCAGGUUAGAAAAGUUGAUGAAUCUUUUGCACGGGCAAUGCAAGUUGCAAGCAGUGAAGCAGAUUGGAGUUCACGUGGGAUCAAGCUGUUCAAUGAGGGUAACUUUGAGAUGGCAGCAAUGUGCUUCGAAAGGGCUCAAGAUUUAUACAGAGCAAAAUGGGCAAAGGCUGCUGGACUAAGAUCUUCUGCCGACCACAUGUGAGGUUCAGAUUCGGAACUGGCUCGUAGUUCUUUAUUAGAGGCUGCCGAGAUUUAUGAUACCAUUGGGAAGGCUGAGUUGGCUGCCAGAUGUUAUAUUGACUUGAAGGAGUUUAAAAAAGCAGGUAUGCUUUUUUUGGAGAAAUGUGGUGACUCAAUGCUUGAGGAUGCUGUUGACUGUUUUUCGCUAGCUGGAUGUUGGUCUAUUGCAGCUGAAGUA